AAUAUUUAAAUUAUGGUGUAUAUAUGCUUCUAUGGUUUACGUUAAGGAUAUUUUUCCACCCACGAAAUUUAAAAUAACAUAAUAUGUAUAGAUCACCCCCCACUACAAACGCCUUUAUAUAGACUGGAUCUUAUAAAGUACUCCUUAGUUCGUAACGUUCACAAACUUUUUUUUUUUGAUAAAUAACGUUCACAGACCGAAUAAUAUAGUUUUUCUUUUAAUUUAAAUAUAUAAAGCACUGAAAUUUAUUCCAGCACUAAUUUCUAUAAAUAUCAAAAUAAGCCACUUGUUAAAAAUAAAAUAGUCCACCAAAAAUUCUCACAGAAAGAAACAGAGAAAAUAUAGUAUUUAAUUACAUAUAAAAAGUUUAAUUAAAAACUAAAUUCAUAUAUCAUAUUCAUAGAUAUAUGUCUUUCGCCAAAUAUAUCACAAAUUCACAACUAAGAUUCUAGAAUCAAAUAGCUAAAUGAAACUGUAAUAUAUAUAUAUAUAUAUAGUAUGUACUCGUCUGAGAAAAGAGAAGCACACCAGAAAAAAAAAUGCUUUGCUUGUUGGAGAGUUUCUCUUUCGGAAUAAUUAAUAUUGUGAACUGAUAACAUACAGAACCGACGUAUUGCGUGCAUGUCAAGAGUAGAAACAUGUAUAUGUCCCAAAAAGUCACAAGACUUGCAAAUUAAAUGAUAUAAAUUGUUCUUUCUAAUCUAAAUCUAUCUAUAGCGAGAGUCAAGAGAGAGCCGCUUUACAGCUUUAGAGUACAAAGAUAAUAUUAAUCCUGUAUCUACUUGCAAAAACUAAUACAGUCCUAUAAUAAGUACAACAUAACAAGGCAGAUUCCUACUCAUCCUAAAUCCUUGAUCAUAGUGAUACACGAAACACACGGGAUUCAGUAUUUACUCCAGACUUAGCUUAGAAAGCUUGUUUUUUAAGGUAAGGUGUAAAGAGAGCAAUGAACAUUUGUCAAAAUAUGGUAAGAGAAGAGAGGACACGUGAACUCCGCGACAUGUGUUGGAUUGUUGGCCCGUUGAGGACAGGGGCGGCUCACUUUCUGAACACUUAUACACGUAGCCACGUACAAGCUGUUGGGCCAUUGUGAUCAAGGCCCACUUUCUUACACCUACACGUGUCUAUAUUUGAGAUCAGAACAUUUCAUUUCAUUUUGUCCUUUUCAUAUUCUUGCAUUAGUCCAUUGUACAUCGAUUAAUAGCUGACGAAAAAAUCGAUGAAUAGACAAAAAGAACGCAUUUGUGUUUCAAAAAAAAAAAAGACAAAAAGAACGCAUUUGGGUAAUUUAUUGCUCAUGUUAUUUCCACAUAACUAUUGUUAUCCAAUAAGUGUUCUUUAUACUAAACGUGAAGAAAGUAAACUCUUGUCAAUGAUCAUGACGAGACUUUCUAUAGUUUCGUUAGGAAGAACACACACAAAUAGCGUUAAAACUUGAAAUUAUAUGUAGCAAUGUAGCAUCAAGCGAUUUAGAGUAGCAAAGAGGGUAGAGAGGUAUCUAUUAGAUGUGAACUGCAGCGGAGAAUACGCCCUUAAUUAAGACUUAAGAAAUGGUUGGGAGGAUUUGUCCUGGCAGGAGAAUGCUUCACGCCGUAUUUUAGGUACUAAUAAGCACAUGUUAGUCCUGGCUCAUAAGAAGACUUACGCAGGCCUUAACUUCUAAUUAAUAAAAAUAAAAACUAUACAUUUUAAGUUUGGAAAUAUAUAAAAGCGUAACAAGUAACAACUCGGAUUUAUUAACAUCUCAAAAAAACUUUACUUAACAGAGACUCAACUGAAAGUUGAAAACUUAAUCUUCUCUUUUUGGUCAUAUGACUCUUUUAAGUAGUGCAGUUUUUGUUUUGGACACGAAUUAAACUUUCCCAAACUAGUUUCUUUUUCUUUGUUUUAUGUUAAUUUUAGUAACUCUAAAACUCAUUUCUUAUACAACCAAAAGUUAAAAAAAAAACAACAAAAGGGUAAAAAUUGACGGAAUUAAAUCUCAAAUCAAACUUGAGCCUAGACAAGCAACACUGUGCCUCUGCGACACAAAAGCAUAAACACAAACAGAGAUAUAUAUACAUAUGUCAUAUGUGCAUGCAAAUACCUUUAUAAAGUGUUACAAGCCACCUCCAUCUGAUCGAUACAAAGAAAGAAAAGAAACAAGAGACAUGCACCAAGACAACGAAUCCAAUUCUGGUUCGAAUCCGGGCCCCGGGUCAAACUACUUGAUCGUUCGGCCUCACCGAGGUGGCUACAAAGACCUUUUUCAAUACGGUGUGAGAGGAGACGAAACUAGCAAAAACAAGUUCCUCGAACGACCUGAUGAUCACUCCGACAGGACCACAUCGGUGAUCAAUGUACAAGCCGAUGAUCGCCGUUGGGUCAUCGUGGUCUCGAUCCUCGUCCGUAAGAUCAUCGGACUUCUCCGUACACCGAUGGAAUACACGGGUUUGGUCGUUGACUUUGUGCUCAAUCUCUUGUCUGCGAACGGUGGCUUGCUCGGUUUGGUUCUUGGGUUGAUUAAAGCGAAGGUGGUGAUACCAGAGAGAGGCUCUGUGGAUUUUGUUAGUACGAUUGGGCAACUUGAUGGGAGGAUUGAUUUGUACAAAGGUUGGAGUUUCGUCGAACAGUUGGUGUGCAUGGAGGAUUCGGUUAACUCCGGUUCUUCUGGGAGGGUUGGAAUCGAACCGGGAAGUCGUGGGCUUGUUGAUUUGUGUGUGAUGGCGUCGAAGCUUGCGUAUGAGAACGCUAAAGUUGUUGAAAACGUUGUUAAUCUCCAUUGGAAGAUGAAUCUGGUUGAGUUCUUGGAUUGUUGGAAUGAUUAUCAGAAGCAGAUGUCUACACAAGUGUUUAUACUCACUGAUAAGGAGAAAGAUGCAGACUUGAUACUGAUCAGCUUCAGAGGCACUGAGCCGUUUGAUGCAGAUGACUGGGGAACAGACUUUGACUAUUCUUGGUAUGAGAUUCCCAAUGUGGGGAAGCUUCACAUGGGUUUCAUUGAAGCAAUGGGUUUAGGCACCAGAGACUACACUCCCACUUUCCAUUACCAUCUCGUGGAGCUAAACUCCUCUGAGAAAGAGAAUAACCAAAAGAAUCUCCCAGAGAUGGUAGAGAGAAGCGCUUAUUACGCAGUUAGAGAAACGCUGAAACGUUUGCUUGCGGAGCACGCAAACGCCAAGUUUGUAGUCACGGGCCACAGCUUAGGAGGCGCGUUAGCGAUACUGUUUCCCACGUUGCUGGUGCUGAAAGAGGAGACGGAGAUGAUGAAGAGGCUGCUUGGAGUUUACACUUUCGGACAGCCUAGGAUCGGGAACAGAGAGAUUGGUAGUUUCAUGAAAGCUAAACUGAACCACCCUGUAGAUAGAUACUUUCGUGUUGUCUACUGCAACGAUCUUGUCCCGAGAUUGCCUUACGACGACACAACGUUUCUUUACAAGCACUUCGGAGUCUGUCUUUACUACGACAGUUUCUACAACGAGACAAGAGCAGAGGAUGAACCGGAUCCGAACCCUUACGGUAUGCGUUAUGCGGUUCUUGCUCAUGUAAACGCGGUUUGGGAGUUGGUUAGAGGCUUGAUAAUGGGGUUCAUUUAUGGACCGGGUUAUAGAGAAGGAUGGUUUAGGAUCUUGUUUAGGCUCGUAGGACUGACGAUUCCAGGUCUCUCGGAUCAUUGCCCGACUGAUUAUGUUAACUCGGUUAGGCUUGGACCAGACUAUGACCUUCAGAUGUCUCCUCUUUGAAGAGUGUGCUCUGUUUUUUUGAACCGGAACUUGGUUCCUGGAAUAAAGCUUGACUGAACCAGGACUCGGUUAAGAUGUAGGUUUGUAAAUAGAAUAAGAUGAGUUCUGUUUUUUGUUUUUAAUUAGUUUUUGAGCUUGAACCAAUAAAAGAGUAAAUUUCCAAAAUAAAGUUUUUAUUACUCUUACAUACAA